AUGCGGGCUGCUACUGUUGUCGAGUAUAACAAGCCCCUCCAGAUCCUAAACAUACCUAUUCCGACUCCUUCGCAAGACCAGAUUCUCGUCAAGGUUACAGCCUGUUCUCUGUGCAACUCGGACCUGGCGGGCUGGCUGGGUGUCGUGGGCGCUGUGGCACCGUAUUGUCCAGGCCAUGAACCGGUUGGAGUCAUAGAGUCAGUCGGCAGCGCCGUGCGCGGAUUCAAAAAAGGAGACAGAGCAGGUUUUAUGCCAUCGUCGUUUACCUGCAAGGAUUGCAACGAGUGUCAAACUGGAAACCAUCGCUUCUGUAACAAGAAGACCUCUGUUGGGUUUCAAGGACCUUAUGGCGGGUUCAGUCAGUACGCCGUGGCGGAUCCUUUGUCGACAGUGAAGAUUCCCGAUGCAUUAUCGGAUGAGGUUACUGCUCCCCUUCUUUGUGCUGGAGUGACAGCUUAUGGCGCCCUGAGGAAAGUUCCUCCUGGAGUGCAAAGUGUCAAUGUGAUUGGCUGCGGAGGCGUCGGACAUCUGGUUAUACAGUAUGCCAAAGCCUUGGGAUACUACGUUCGAGGAUUCGACGUCAACGAUAAAAAGCUCGGGCUGGCAGCACGAUCUGGCGCCGACGAGACUUUUUACUCGACAGAUGCCACUCAUGCUGAUCAGGCGUCUGCGACGAUUGUGGCUACCGGUGCGGUAGCAGCAUAUAAAGCUGCUUUUGCAGUUACUGCGAACCAUGGUCGGAUCAUCGCGAUUGGUGUUCCCAAGGGUGAGAUUCCCGUGAGUCUACUGGACAUGGUGAAGCGUGACUUGUCACUGGUGGCUACGAAUCAAGGCUCCAAAGAAGAGUUGGAAGAAGCGCUCGAGAUUGCGGUGCAGCACCAAAUCGCCCCAGAAUAUGAAAUCCGGCAGCUGGAUCAGUUGAACGAUGGGUUUCAGGAAAUGAUGAAGGGCGAGAGUCAUGGGAGGUUGGUGUACCGGUUGUGGUAA